AUGGCUUUCUCAUUUCUUCUCGUCGCUAGCACUGCCAUUCUAGCAAGCGCUCAAUCUAGCUUCUCCCCUCUGCGACCACCUGCGAUUCCUCUUGCUGUGAGGAGCCCUUUCAUGAGCACAUGGCAGCAAGCUGGAAGCGAUAAUGGAAAUGGAGGAUACCUUGCCGGCGAAUGGCCGACUUUCUGGAACGGCCAGGUCACAGGAUGGACGGGAAUGGUACGUGUUGACAAUUCUAGCUACACCUGGAUGGGUGCACCGAGCAGCAAUCCGUCCUACGUCAACCAGACUGCUUUCCAAUACACCUCGACGAAGUCCAUCUUCACUAUGCAAGCUGGCCCGGUCCAAUUGACAAUCACAUUCCUUUCUCCUGUCACGCCAAAUGACCUACUUCGUUCUUCCUUGCCUUACACCUACUGCAACGUUGAUGUCAAGUCAACCGAUGGCAAGACUCACAGCGUGCAGCUGUACUCCGACAUCUCGGCCGAAUGGGUGUCUGGAGACCGUGGUGCAAAGGCACAGUGGGAUUAUGCAGAAGCGAGUGGCGGUCUGGCUUAUCAUCGGGUGUACAGACAGCAGCAGUUGGAGUUUGGUUCCAUCAACGAGCAGGCUGAGUGGGGUUAUUGGUAUUUUGCGACUGCAAAUACAGCCAAGCUAACCUACCAAUCUGGUGCCGACACGACCGUCCGCGGUAAUUUCAUGAAGAGCGGCACUCUUACGAACACUAAAGACACCAACUAUCGAGCAAUCAACAAUGCCUACCCGGUCUUCGGUUAUGCUGUCAACUUGGGCUCCGUUGGCUCUACCUCCCAAAGCACCUUGUUCCAGCUGAGCUUGCAUCAAAAGAAUUGCGUGCAGUUCCAAGGAACUAAAGGUGCAGUACAGAAGUUGCCAUGCAUGUGGAACAGCUAUUUUUCCACCGAGACUGGCGCAGUCUCUUACUUCUACAACGACUACAGCAAAGGAAGCUCCAUGGCAUCUAGCUUCGACUCCCAAGUUCAAAGCGAUUCAGCAGCCUCAGGUGGCUCAGACUACGCCAAGAUCACCUCCCUCGCAGUUCGCCAAGCAUUCGGUGCCAUCUCCUUCACCAACACCCCCAGCACGCCUCUCGUAUUCAUGAAGGAGAUCUCCUCAGACGGAAAUGUCAACACUGUCGAUGUCAUAUUCCCAUUCCACCCAAUCGCCAUCUACACCAAUCCGGCAAUCCUCAAAUGGCUCCUCGACCCCCUCUUCAUCAACCAAGAAGCCGGAAACUGGCCAAACAGAUACUCCAUCCACGACAUCGGAUCCAGCUACCCCAACGCAACCGGCCACAGCGACGGCAACGCCGAAGCCCAACCCCUAGAAGAAUGCGGCAACAUGCUCAUCAUGACCCUCGCCUACGCCCAACGCGCCAACGACAACGCCUACCUAACCCAACACUACCAAAUCCUCAAACAAUGGACCGCCUACCUCGUGGAAGAAGCCCUCAUCCCCGCGGACCAAAUCUCCACCGACGACUUCGCCGGCUCCGCCGCCAACCAAACCAACUUAGCAAUCAAAGGCAUAAUCGGAAUCCAAGCCAUGGCCCAAAUCUCCAAUCGCACGGGCAACCCCUCCGACGCUGCAAACUACACAAGAAUCGCCACAGACUACAUCACAAAAUGGCAAACCUACGCGAUCAACCAGAACGCCAACCCUCCCCACACAACGUUCAACUACGGAAACUCCUCUUCCCACAGCCUGCUCUACAACCUCUUCGCCGACGCCGAACUGGGUCUCCACCUCGUGCCGCAAAACAUCUACACCAUGCAAAGCAACUUCUACAAAACGCAAUUCCAAACCUUUGGCGUCCCGCUCGAUUCGCGACACACAUACACGAAAUCCGAUUGGGAAAUGUUUUGCGCGGCCAUCGCGGAGACGGAGACGAGAGAUUUGUUUACGGGAAGAAUUGCGAAGUGGUUGGAUGUGAGCAAGACGAAUUUUGCGAGUACGGAUCUUUAUGAUACGGUCACGGGGGAGUAUCCGGCGGGGAUACAUUUUAUUGCGAGGCCGGUUGUCGGGGGGUAUUUUGCGGGUUUGGCGUUGGAGAGUAGGCCGAGGUAG